AUUCUAUAAAAUGAAGAGAGAAAAAAAUAAUAAAAAUGCCAAAUAUCGAAUAAUUUUCACAGUAAAACAAUAUAAUUUCUUUAGGAAAAAUUUAAGAAAAUUAACUGUUUAAAAGUAGACAUAUUCCUAGGUCAUUUGAAAAUGUUUAAAUAGGAUGCUUAUCUGGAGACGUUUACUAAUCAUUCUGUUGAAACUGAUCAACACUUGGUUUAUUGCUGCAACUGAAGAAAAGUCAGUUCAAAAAACAGAAAAUUUAGCUAUAGGAGCUUGUAGUCAAUAUGAUUCAAAUUUUUGUUCAAGACAAGUAGAAAAUAGUGUUUGUAAUCAUGAGAAAAAUGAAUGCUUUUGUCGGAAAGGAUUUGUUGCAAUUCGUGAAAAUGGUCGAGUAACAUGUAAAACUUUGCUAACCGAUUUAAAAUGUCGAGUAGAUCGUGACUGUGUUCAUGUGAAUCGAAGCAGUUGUCAUCCUGGUGCCGGUUACUGCUCAUGUCCUGGGAAUACUAUAUACGUUCCUGAAAAACACGCUUGCAGGUCGCGUUUUACCCAUCCCAGUGAUCCAUUUUGUGAUGUAUGCCUUCAGUUGAAAGGAACCUGUUUUAAAUAUGAAUUAUUUGAAAGAAUUACGACAGAUCAAAGGGUGAAUCCAAAUGGUGUCGGUUGUGUUUGUCCAGAUCAUAAAGUGUCGAUUAGUACAAGAACAAGUGAUCCGUUAAAAUAUAUGUGUGAUGGGAAUUUGGUCGAUAUUGGAUCAGAAUGUGAUGAUGAAUCAUUAUUUUGUCGUUCAAUAAAUUCUAUUUGUAAACCAUUACAAGAAGAACUGUUACUCUCGACUAACCAGUUGCAUAGUAUCAAAAGUAACCUAUGGUCAGAAAGCUUUCCUAGUGGAGAUCAUUUACGCAGAAGUCAAAUUAUACGUACAUGUCAGUGUAAACCAGGAUAUUUACCAGUGUAUCAAAUUAAUUUAAAGUAUAAUGAAUGCUUUAAAAUACUACCAAUGAAAGCUAAAUAUUGUCAGAAAUGUGUCGAUACAGGUGGUCAAUGUUAUGAUUUAAACGAUGAUGGAAUAGGAGAUGGUUGUGAUUGUCCACCUAGUCUUUCAUCUAUUGUCUAUGGAAAAGAAAACUCAGAAAUAUAUUGUGGAACAGUUCAUGUAUCUGUCAACUGUACAAAUGGAUAUCUAUCUGUGUGCUAUUAUCCUCAUACAUAUGGACCGUACAGCAACUUGUUUGAUGAUUUGAUGAAUCACCGUUCUGUGGUCAGAUUAGCAUCCGAUAAUUAUAUGACAGAUACACCACCUCUACAAAUAUCUGGUUUGUCCAGUGAAGACAACAAGACAUAUCAUUAUUCAAAUUUGCAAAAUCUUUGUACACUCAAAUCAGAGAAUGAUACAACAGAUACUGUAAACACUUUCGUAACAGAAUCAAUAUCACAUGAUAAUUAUCAUUUACAUGGAUCACAAACAAAAAGACUCUGUUUGAAUGUUGACGUUUGGCGAAAAAAUGGACUAUGUGGUAUUAGACUGUAUAAACUCAGUCACGAUACCGUACAAUAUGAAGGAAUUUUAGAAGUUCUUGUAAAUACUUCAAUACGUACUCCUAGCAGAGAUAAAAUUAUUCCUCUCAAAUGCAUCUCUCGAAUACCGAAUAGGCCAAUGAAUAAAAUUAGUGAUGGGAAUCUGCAAACAAUUGGUACUAUGAAUCUAGAAAACACACCAACUCAUCCUCAAAUAAGUUUGCGUAUAUUGAAUGAAAAAAAUAAAGAAAUUCUGUCAGCUUUUGUCGGUUCACGUAUACGCUUGGAUGCCUUACUACUUAAUCCCUCAGGAUCAUAUAAACAUAUUGCUGCUGAAUAUUGUUAUGGUAACAAUCGAUCUCUACAUUCUGAUUAUUUCUCAAGUGAUAUAGGCACUUUGCUUAUUGAUCACAGAUGCUUACAUAAGAAACCGUUAUUAACUGCCAAAUUUUCAAGUAUUGGUUUAUUGAAUGGGCAUUUGCAAACAGAAAUAUUUCAAGCUUUUCGGUUGGGUAAUAUGACUUUAGUAUUUUUUACUUGUGUAUUCAGAAUAUGUCAAUUACCUACAGACUGUGAACAGACAAAGUGUAAAAGAGAUGAUGGAGUACAAAAAAUUCAAUCAACCGAAAUAAAUGAAAAAGACAAUAUCAUUCCAUUUCUAAGUCAAAUUAUAAAUAAUAAUUCAAAGAAUAACUACAUACAUAAUAUCUACAAAGGCGACAGUUACUUUUUCCGUGUUCAAACAUACGCUCAUAUUGAAGUAAAUGAAAGACAUCCUAAACUAACAUAUAGUACUAAUAACGAUGGAUUAAAUCCAAAUUAUUUAAUAUCAAAUCAUCAAUUAGAUAUGAAAGCCACUUCAUCGUUACAAUCAACACGUGAUCGAUCAUUAUGUAAUUAUGCUUUAUGUUUAACAACAAUUCAUUUAAGUUGGAUAUUACUUGGAUUAUUUAUAUUACUUAUUUUAUUCUGUAUCACUUUAAUAUUAAUUUAUCGUAAAUAUCGAUUGUUUUUACAAAGAAGAACAUUGAAUCUUUUUGGAAAACAUCAACAACAAAAUCAAUCUAUAAAAAAAUCAUUAUCAAUUUUAGCAAAAAAUGAUUAUAGUGAACAUUCAAGUCCAUCAAGAAUAUAUAAUAAAGAAUAUUAUCAAUCUAAUUAUUUAUUAAAUCCAGAUUUACCAUUUAAUUCAGCAUUAAUAACUACAGAUAAUUUAGACAUGAAAUCAUCUUUUCAAUUAAAUCCAUUAACACCUCCAUCGAUUACAUCAUCAACUUCAAUUCAGUCUGUAUUAUCACUACCUCCAUUAUUAGCUACAUGUACAGUUGGAUCGUUAAAUCAUUUAGAUGGGAAGUUAAAUAUCUGUGAACCAACUUAUUCUACAAAUAAUAAUAAUCAUAUGACAUUAAUUUUAAAAAAUUCUAAUACAUCGAAACAUGAAACAUUGCACUGUGAUAAAUCAGAUAUAUUUUGUCACACAAUAACUUCAACAAAUUUAGAUCAUUCUAAAACAUUACAUUCUACAUCAAUGUUACCGACAACAAUUACACAAAAUUGUUAUUGUCAAAGUAUGAAUUAUUCCAAUUAUCCAUUAUCAUUUAUACAACAUAAUUAUGUAAAUAAUGAUGAAUAUUUAAAGACAAUAUCAUCAGAUGAUUGUUUUAUGAAUUCAUCAUAUAUUUUAAAAGAAGAUUUAUUACAAACACCUAAUUGUGUAAAAUUACAUAAUAAACAAUGUUUAAAUAAUACAGAUAUGAUUGACUUUUAUCCUAGUACACAUAAUUUAAGUAAUAAAGGAUUAUUUCGUAUACAAAAUAUUCAAUCAAAAUUAUUUAAUGAUGAAAAUGAAGAGGAGAAGAGCUUAGGUACAACUUCAAUAUUACCAAAUGUUACAUGUUCUAUACCAGGUUUAUCAACCAGUAAACAUUUUUAUUCGUUUCAUAAACCUAAAAAAAUUAAUAAUUCAAUUGAAUGCAAUAGUAAAUUAUUGGAUAUAGCAACAUUAAAAGACCAUUCUAAAUUAUAUAGUGGAAGUCUUAAAACUAAAAAUUCUUCCGUAACACAUUUAACAUCUGAUAAACAUCAUCAUCAUCAACAUCAUCAUCAUCGUCAUGAACUUCAGUGUUCAGGUUCUAUGAUCAUUAGUAAUAAUAACAGUACAAAUGUGCAAACAGCGAAUGUCUGUGAUUAACGCUUGCUUUUUUUGCUAAACUGCAUUAAGCUAGGAAGGCACCCAUACGUUUUUUGAUAUACAACUUAUGGCUUCUGUCAACUAAUUGAAAGGCUCAAACCUUUCUAAUAAUCAUUCUAUACCGGUGAACAACUUAUAGAAUUUCUGGAUAUGGAAAAUUAUGUGAAGAAACAACUUACAUGUUGACGAUAACUGUGUUUAAUAUUAACUACUGCCACAUUUAUUCAUCUAAUGAAUUAUUUAAUCACAAAUUAACAACUGUACUCAGUCUUUAACAGUAUAAAUCUUGUUAGUAUUCAGCCAAAUAUACUGUCAUAGUGAAGAGACUUAUAUAUACAACGCAACAUUUUGGUGAAACGUCUAAACUGAUGCAGUGUUACAAGUUUUUAUAAUGAAUUGCAAACAUUUAGUUGCUUUUAAUCUUCACAAACAGUUACCCGUUAUGAUAAUCAGUAUACCUCCUCAUGAAACUACGAAGACGAAAAUUAAAAUUGGGCAAAAGUUUAUUGAUGCAUCAUUACUACUGGCAAAAGAAGAGUAACAUUGAUGAAAAAAAUCAGUUUACAAGUUGUACAUAUGGUUAAGUUGUAAAUUCAACAAUAAAGAACUUCUUAAAGUAAUCAGUUCCUGUCACGUCUCCACACUUUGUUAUAUUCUCAGCCAUAUUUUUUGUCGUAAAGACUGAACAGAGAUAAGCGUCUGAGAAACUACGGCCUUACCUAGUUAUUUAUAAUCCUUAAGUAAAAAUUGUCGACUUUGCUCUCCACUAAAACCGCGAAGCGCUCACCACAUUUCUCAACAAUCUGUCUCAGGACAUGUUAUGAAGUAAACAAUCGAGCCGACGCGUACAAUUUGGGGCCAUUUAUCUGACUCUAGUUGAAUCGUUUCUGAUUGCCGUUGAGAUACAGAUGUCGCCACUCCUCGUAUAUAAUCCGCGUUAGUGAAUAACAGAAUUAAAUAAGCCAAAUACGAGAGUGGAUUUUUGAGUGCAUAUAUUUUGUACACUCACUGAUUUGAACAGACAAUGAAGGGGACGAAGCGGAAUGACGCGCCGUGGAGAGGACGUAUGAGCCAACUCGAUUUAUAAUCAGAUAAAAAUAAGCUACAGACAUGUGAUGAUUAAUAUAAGAAAUGCACACAUACGUUCAUAUAAAAACAGUCAAGGUUGAUAAGUGAAUAAUUAACAAGGUCAAAAUGUGACUCAAGAAGAAUGGAUAAAUUAGCCUGUCGAGAAACAAGAAUGAGUUAUGUCUGCUUGCAUAGCACUACAUACACUACAAAACAGAGAAAGUUAAAUUAAUGUAUUUCGCAAUGAUUUGGUGAUUUUGCUGCAUCAAAAGACUACUUAAAUAUGAGAACACUUAGAAUUCAUGUAACGCAGCGGACACCUAACAAACACACAGAAAUUGAAAUUCGGAAUAGACGCCUCAUGCCAAGCCGUUCAUGGUCAUUGAAACGAAAAAACGGUUGGUUUUGAGUGAAUAUAUCAUUUUUACCUUCCCGAUUGUUAACAUUUGAGCUUACUAAACACCGUUACCACAGAAUACUUAAAAGUCAACUAGUGAUUGUUGAAUGGUCUCCGUAAAAUCUAGUGAAUAUCAUUAUCUGUAAAAACAUCAUGUUCAUUACUACAAGUAAAAGUCACUUUAUUUAUCAAUGCACAUGGGUUAUAACUGGAAAUAACAAUCAUAAUAAACAAAUAAUGUGAAAAUUCAUUCAACUUACUUUGUUGGAAAUAAAAGGGAAUGAUCUAUGAGUUUUAAAAGAGCAACUUAAAAAUAUCCUAUUGAUAUACGAUUAAUGUAUGGUGGGUAAUUUAAUUGAGAAUAUCAAUUCAGUUUAAAAAUUAGUUGAUUAAUUGAAUAUCAUCAGACUGAAAGAAAAAAACUGUAAAUUAUAUUUUUAUUUUUGUGAAAGAGAAGACACAGUUUCACUACUACAACGCAUAUGAACUUUGUCAAUACCAUUAUGAAUAACGCAUUUUCUUCAUGAUAAUCUUUAUAUAUAUGCUUUAUGUUAAGGAUACUAGUUUCUUUCAUUUCGUUUGCUAACAAAUGAUAGUGUUUAUAUUUAAAGGUAAUCAGAAUAACAUUUUACCGAUUCAUUUUACAAUCCUGAAAUUUGCUAUUAUCUGGUGCAUUCCUUGUACUACCAAUUUGCUACUUUUUACUAUUUAUACCAUGUUCAUAUUUGUUACUAUAUAUACAGAGUUGUUGCAAUAU